AUGGUGCCGGAGGCAAAGAAGGAAGCUCCUUCCCCUCCCAAAACGGAAGCCAAAGCAAAGGCUUUAAAAGCCGAGAAGGCCUUGCUGAAAGGCGUCCACAGCCACACACACACAAAAGAAGAUCCACACAUCACCCAAGACCCAAGGCCCAAGACCCUGAGACUAAGAAGGCAGCCCAAAUACCCUCAGGAGAGGGCCCCCAGGAGAAAUAAGCUGGACCAUUAUGCCAUCCUCAAGUUCCCCUGGACCACGGAGUCUGCCAUGAAGAAGAUUGAAGAGAACAACACACUUGUGUUCACCGUGGAUGUCAACGCCAACAAACAGCAGAUCAAGCAGGCUGUGAAGAAGCUCAAUGACACUGACGUAGCCAAGGUCAACACCUUGAUCAGGCCUGACGGAGAAGAAGGCGUGUGUUCGACGGGCUCCUGA